UGGUCAGAGAUGAGCGGCGUUGGUAGAAAGAUUUGAGUGUUGAACCGGGACAGUCAUGCUGCCUCACCGCAGCACUUGCAGUGGCACGCAUCUGAGCCCUGACGGCACUGACUGAGCUGGGGAGGCGGGGUGGGGGGUGCUGAAAAGGAUGGACUGAAAAUUGACUUUAGGAUUAGAGCUGACCGGAGGAGGGAAGGUCUGUGCUGCACCUGCUGCUUGAGAGAACAGGUAACUUAUUAACAAGCAAACAGGAGCAGGGCUCUUUACAACCCUUUGGCCUGCUGCAUGCAUGAUUCAUGAAAACACGGUGCUGCUUUGGUUUUAGUGUUACCCUUUGGCUCAUGGAGAACCUCUUCAGCUCUUAAUUACAUCAACAGCAGUCCAGUGUGCAGUCAAGGAGGCGCACGGCCGGAUCACAUGCAGGCACUCAGCACUUGGCAGGCUUUGCUUAGGUAAUGCAAGCGACAAGGAAGCGAUUGUCACUCUGACCAACGCCGUAGCACUGGCCGUAAACAUGGAGCCCCUUGAGGAAUAUCAUUCUCCGUUCGACUUUGAGCAAGGCGUCAACGCCAGCUACCUGUACCUCUCACCAGCCUACAGCGACACGCCACCCAGCUCUCCUGCUGGCAAAGCUAGAGGUUUCCAGGAACAUCCAGAGGUAGGAGAAGACGCUGUGACGUCCGUCGGUCCAUCCUCAGCUCCUCCUGCCAUCACAGAGGAUGAGCGUCUGGAGCUGCAGGAGGAGCUGACCAAGGUUGAAGAAGAGAUCCAGACUCUGUCUCAGGUGCUUGCAGUCAAAGAGAGGCGGCUGGCGGACAUCAAGAGGAAACUGGGCAUCACUCCUCUGAAUGAGCUGAAGCAGAACAUCUCCAAAACCUGGCAGGAGGUCACCACCUCCACUGCCUACAGGAGAACAUCUGAGACUCUGUCUCAGGCCAGCCUGAAGGCGACGGCGGCCUUCUCCAACAUGGGAUCAGUCCUCAGCCGCAAGUUUGAGGAUGUCAAAAAUGCACCAACCUUCAAGUCUUUGGAGGAGAAAGUUGAGACACUGAAGACCAAAAUCACUCCAUCAGGACCCGGCAGUGAUCCCAGUAACCCUGACAGCCAGGACGAUCCUCCAUCUGAGUCUCUGGGGGGUCAGCCGGAAGACCCUCCCACUGAGGACACGCCGAUGAAAUGAGACCAGCCUCCAUCCUCAUGUGACCCCCCCACCACCACCACCACCCCUCGUGUGCCAGUCUCCCUUCAUUGGAACCAAGUGACUCACCAGCCUCCCCUGUGAUCUAAUUGUCUGAUCGCUUCUCCAGCUUCUACACACUGAGCAUGCUCAGACUGCUUGCAUGGGGAACCCUUCCUGUAUCUUUUUUUUUGUCGCCAUUAUUUUCCCUGCACUCCUUUUUGUUUUUUCCAUGUUUGUACAAAAUGCCAAACGUGUUCCAGUGAAGUUUAUCUCGAUCAAAUCCUGCUCCUUCAGUUGUUGAAGAUUGCACAAUGACAAAGGUGUUCUCUAUCAGAAGACAUUCUGUUCGUGUGAAGACAUUAGUUAACUUACUGUGUUAUUAGACCAUAUAUUGCUUAGGUGAUGUUAAAAAUCUCAUGUUCGUUUUAGGGCCGCUUUGGAUCAUUUUGGGAUUUAUUGGCCAAACUGUUGGGUUUUUCUUCAGUGUGUUGAUUUCUGAGACCCAUCAGAAGCAUAAAGUAUUGUGAAGCACUAUGUCCAAGCAAUGAACGUAUGCUUGUUUUGUGCUAAAAGUACAAAAAAGUGUGUCGCUUGCACCGCAUUUGGAAGGAAAUGUUCACACAGCUUGUUGUAAUUUCAGAAUCAAACCCCCGUUUUCCUCUGCAGAGAUCAGCACAGCAGUGGUGGGGGGGGGGGGGGGGGCAAACACAUAGCGAAGCUUCAGCCUUGACCUGAGGUGAGGCUGGAAUAACCGUCUGUUCUGCAGCCAGCGAGAGUCAAUAUUUAAACACUCGUUCAUUGUUCCUGCCAGGGAGGCGACAGCAAGCCUCCACACAUUCUGUGUGAUACAUUAAACAAAGGCAUGGCAAAGGGAGCCGCACUGGGUGUUCAGCACCCUGAUGCAAGACAGAAACAUCACAAAGAAGGUGCAACGUCCUCCGUUUUUCUCACGCGAGUCACGUCCAAAUGAAUACUCUGUUUACUGCUGCAUUACAUUGUUACAGUAUUUAAAGAGCUCAUUUUCUCUAGAUUCAAUCAAAGUCAGAGAAUCAUCUCGUCUGCGAGAACUGCUGUUGUUAAAAUUACUGAACAAAUGCUCAAUUAGAUCAAUUAAAAUGGAGACUGAACACAAACGAAUGCCCGGUUUUUUGGUCAGACAUUCGCCCUCUGCUGGACACAAACCAAACUGCGUCCUGCAGGCGGAGCAGAGGCCCAGAAAGGACGCAGCGUUAGGGGUCCUCUUGUCUUUAACAUUAAACUCCUGUCUGUGUGUAACUCUGCUGUUGAAUGUUUGCUCCACCGUUUGUCUGUAAGAAAUGAAUGGAACCACAAAUCCCAGCACUCGUUUUGAGUUUUGUUUGCAUGGCAAUAAAAAUAAAACAAAAAACUGUGAUAAACAA